UUCACUGUCUUUAACAACACUGUAAUAUGUAUUUGUGAAGUCAAUUAAUUGUAAAUCUCAAUGAGCACAAAACGAUUUGAGUAUAUUUAUAUGUGUAUAUGAGUUACUUAUUUUCUGAGCAACCAAACGGGUUUGACUUUUUUUUUGUUACUUGCGAUUUACCUUUUAGUUCAAAAAUGUUAUGGAGUUUGAUAUAUGUUAUUACCAGACUCAGAUUAUCGAUUAUCUUGUUGUUCCGUUAGCCCUAAUUUGUGAAGAGAAUAAAUGGCUGAACAGAAGGGAAAGGUGGUAGCAUCUUUUGAGUAUGAGCUCUUUGAAGGAGAUCCUGAUCACCUCAGAACUGUUGUGGCUACGCCUACUCCAGCUGGUCCAUGGAUUGAUCCUUCCUCAUUGAAACUUAAGUACAGAGUUGGCCGAGGCCCUUUUGGUGAUGUUUCAUUAGCUACUCAUCACCAGUCAUCACUGGACUUUGAUGAAUUUCAUGAACUGGCUGUAAAGGUGUUACACCCAUUUGACAAGGACCACACACAGAAGUUUCUGGAUAAGUUUGAGGAGCUAUUUUAUAAGUGCAGAGAGUUCCGCAGUGUUUGUUGGUUGCACGGUAUUUCAAUUAUUGAUGGGAAGAUUUGCAUUGCUAUGAAAGUUUAUGAGGGAUCGGUGGGUGAUAGAGUAGCUCGGGUAAAGGGUGGCAAGCUUCAGAUUUCCAGCGCUUUAAGGUACGGAAUAGGGCUAGCAAAAGGAAUUUUAGAACUGCAUUCAAUAGGGACUCUAGUAUUGAACCUAAAGCCUUCGAAUAUUCUUCUAAAUGAAAAUGAUGAGGCCAUUUUGGGAGAUUUUGGGAUCCCGUAUCUACUUCUUGGAAUCCCAUUAUCUAGUCCUGAUAUGGUUCUUAGACUUGGAACUCCAAACUACAUGGCCCCAGAACAGUGGGAACCAGAAGUGAGAGGUCCUAUAUCUUUUGAGACAGAUUCAUGGGGAUUUGGCUGUUGCUUUGUUGAGAUGUUGACUGGCGUUCCACCGUGGUUUGGAAAGUCAUACAAAGAAAUAUACUAUUCUGUUGUGAUCAAGCAAGAAAAGCCACAGAUUCCAAGUGGUUUGCCUCUUGCUCUUGGGAAUGUCAUCAGUGGGUGUUUUGAGUAUGAUCUUCGCAAUCGACCUUUGAUAGCUGAUAUAUUAAAUGCGUUGGAAAGCUCACGGAAUGCUAUCGACAGUGAAGAAGAAUGGUUUGGUUCCCGAACCAGUUCACUUAUAGGUCGAUCAAGUUCUGGUGACACUGCAUGGUAUGUCUCAAAAGAUCAUCUUCUAGUUGGUGAUACCGUUCGCUCAAGGAAGCCACUGAAUUCCUGUAGACCUCAGACCAUGGAUGUCCCUGAAGGCACUGUUGUUAGUCUAGACAGCAACUCUGACAGAGAUGAUUUUGUUCUGGUGAAGAUCACUGGAGUUCGGAACCCUGUUAGAGUACUCAUCUCAACAAUUGAGAGGGUAACAUCUGGCCUUUCCAGGGGUGAUUGGGUGCGCUUGAAGGAAUCCCCUGGCAAACACUCUUCUGUUGGAAUUCUUCAUUCUAUACAGCGAGAUGGAAGUGUUACAGCUGGAUUUAUUGGUUUAGAGAUUCUCUGGAAAGGGCAUUUAUCUGAUCUCGAAAUAGCAAGUGGCUACUUCGUUGGACAGUUUGUGAGGCUAAAGGAAAAUAUCCGUGCUCCCCGAUUUGAAUGGCCUCGUAAGAGUGGAGGAGCCUUUGCAACUGGCAGGAUCUCACAAGUCCUUCCGAACGGUUGCCUCGUUGUAAUGUUUCCCGGGAGGUUUGUGUUUGGACUUGGAGAUAAACAUAAUAGCUUCUUAGCAGACCCAGCUGAAGUUGAACUAGUGUCCUUUGAUACUUGUCCUGGGUUAGUACAGAAGUAUCAACAUAUUGAGGAUUUUCACUGGGCUGUGAGGCCACUAGCAAUUGCUUUUGGUUUGUUUGCAGCCAUGAAAUUUAGCUUAUUCCUCGGACGAGGUGUGAGCUUAAAACUGAGGAAGGAGCGGAAAAAGCCGACUAGAUCCAAUGAUAGUCAUCAGGAUGGCCAAUCUUCCAGCACUGCAGCUUGGCUUCCACCUCCAGUUGCAAAUAUUCUCUUCAAAGAAGGUGUCACUCCAGCUACGGCCAGGUAAUUACCAAAGAUUUCAACCCUUUGGCAUUGACUUCAAGGUAAUGUAUUUACUUAUGUUGUAAUGCCAAAAGAAUAAGAAAAUGUUAGCGUGUAUAUAAUUAACUUUCACUGUUUAUAACCGUACAUUUGCAAAUACACAUUAUAUAUAUGUAUAUGAUGUGUUACAAUUGCAAAGCUGAUUCACCUGGCAUUGUAUAUAUAAAAAAAGAACAUUUUCUUUUAGAUCAGCUGUUGCAAAGCUGUUGUUUGGUCUUGGCUAGGCAAUUUGUUAAGUAAGAUUUUUACUUAACAAGUAUAAUAUUUAAGUUGAUGAAGUUAGGAUGAUCAAA